GCCACCUCGGCUGCGGCCGCAGUGGGUCACCUCGGCGCGGCCGCGCGCCGGGGGCGCUGGUGCGCGCGCUCUGGGUGCGCGGGCGCGGGCCGACCGCGGCUGCCCCGAGGGUCGCCGGUGGGGGCACGAUGGCCUGCUAGGGGGCCGUCCACGCUCCCCGGCCCUCGGCGAUGGCGUCCGGCGGCGACCGCGCGGCCACCGGCCCCUUCUCCGCGGGCGACAAGGUACACUACUGGAGCGCCAGCGUCAGCAAGUGGAUCGUGGCCCGGGUUGUCAAGGCGAACGCCGACGGGUCUUACGACUUGAAUUGCAAGAAGAAGGUCCCAUCGUCCAAGGUGCUGGAGAUUGACCUGAGCAGGGCGCACUGCCAGGGGAGGGACGGCAGCCCCGAGGGCGGCGCCCCGGCGCCCGAGCCCGAGACGCCCGCGCCGCCCAAGGCUCUCGCCGCCAAGGGCAAGGCGGCCUCGAAGCCGCCCGCCCGCUCGGCGCCGGCGGAGCCCCCGCGCCGUGCUGGCAGCAGCUCGCCAGGCGAGGGCCGCGACCGCGGCGCCGCCGCCGCGGCCGCCAUGAACGCGCUGGACGCUGCCAUGUCGGCGCCGACGGCGCGGCGGCGUGGGCGCGACGCCGAGGGCGCCGGCGGCAAGAAGGAGCGCGAGGCUGCGAAGGAGAAGGCCCCUGCGAAGAAAAAGGAGUCCGACUCGGGCUCGGACACGGGCCGCAAGAACAGCCGGAGCCGGAAGAAGAAGGCAGUCAAGAGCAAGACCGAGUCCGACAGCAAGAAGGCCGACACGGCUGCCAGCCCGGAGGAGGCGGAGAAGCUCGCUUGGGGAAUGUACUUGAUGGCCAAGGAGCGCGAGGCCGCCAAGGAGAGGACGCCGGCGAGGAAGGCGUCCGACUCGGGCUCGGACUCGGGCCGCAAGCGCAGCCGGAGCCGCAAGAAGAAGGAACGGAAGAAGGAGGCCAAGGACGAGCCCUCCAAGAAGGGUCCCAAGCGCGAAAAGGACCGCGACCAGAGCCCGGAACGCGAGCGGCAGCGCGGCUCGCGCAGCCGCGACCGGCGCGGCGGGUCCCGGGACAAGGAC